ACACAGUCAUCGAAAAAAAUUGGAUUAUUAGAAGAGAGAGGUCUGUGGCUUCCACACCGUGGGUUUUCUUCUCGGUAUAAAAGCAAAGUUGUUUUUGAUAUAUGACAGUUUCCCACAAGCCAGUCUGAUCCUUUUCUGUCAGUCCACUUCACCAAGUCUGACCUCGGACAAGGACCCAAUGCCCAACCCCAGGCCAGUCAAGCCCUUGGUCCCUGCCUUGGUGCUCAGUCCAUCCCCAGGAGCCUCGCCCAGCUGGAGGGCUGCACCCAAGGCCUCAGACCUUCUAGGGACCAAGGGCCCAGCAGCAACCUUCCAGGGCCGGGACCUUCGAGCCGGGGCCCAUGCCUCCUCCUCCUGCUUGAACCCCAUGCCACCAUCACAGCUGCAGAUUCCCACAGUGCCCCUUGUCAUGGUGGCACCCUCUGGAGCACGGCUGGGUCCCUCACCCCACUUGCAGGCACUCCUCCAGGAUAGGCCACACUUCAUGCACCAGCUCUCAACAGUGGAUGCCCGUGCCCAGACCCCCGUGCUGCAGGUGCGCCCACUGGACAGUCCAGCUAUGAUCAGCCUCCCGCCACCCACCGCUGCCACUGGGGUCUUCUCUCUCAAGGCCCGGCCCGGCCUACCACCUGGGAUCAACGUGGCCAGCCUGGAGUGGGUAUCCAGGGAACCAGCAUUGUUCUGCACCUUCCCAAGCCCCUGUGCACCCAGGAAAGACAGCACCCUUUCGACCGUGCCCCAGGGCUCCUACUCACUGCUGGCAAAUGGCGUCUGCAAGUGGCCCGGAUGUGAGAAGGUCUUCGAGGAGCCAGAGGAUUUCCUCAAGCACUGCCAAGCAGACCAUCUCCUGGACGAGAAGGGCAGGGCGCAGUGUCUCCUCCAGAGGGAGGUGGUGCAAUCUCUGGAGCAGCAGCUGGUGCUGGAGAAGGAGAAGCUGGGUGCUAUGCAGGCCCACCUGGCUGGGAAAAUGGCCCUGACUAAGGCUCCAUCUAUGGUGUCAUCUGACAAGGGUUCCUGCUGCAUUGUAGCUGCUGGCACCCCGGACUCCACUGUUCCGGCCUGGCCUGGCCCCCAGGAGGGCCCCAAUGGCCUGUUUGCUGUGCGAAGGCACCUCUGGGGCAGCCAUGGACAUAGCACAUUCCCAGAGUUCUUUCACAACAUGGACUACUUCAAGUUCCACAACAUGCGGCCCCCGUUCACCUAUGCCACCCUCAUCCGCUGGGCCAUUCUGGAGGCUCCUGAGAAGCAGCGGACACUCAAUGAGAUCUAUCACUGGUUUACACGCAUGUUCGCCUUCUUUAGAAACCACCCUGCCACCUGGAAGAAUGCCAUCCGCCACAACCUGAGUCUGCACAAGUGCUUCGUGCGGGUGGAGAGCGAAAAGGGGGCUGUGUGGACCGUGGAUGAGUUUGAGUUCCGCAAGAAGAGGAGCCAGAGGCCCAGCAGGUGUUCCAACCCCAUACCCAGCCCCUGACCACAAAACCAAGGAAAGAAGGAAGCAAGGACAGGGGCCAAAAUGGGGGGCAGAAGUGGCUGGGGGCAGGGGUCACAGGCCCCAGACAUGCCCGCAGGGACCAAGAAGUAUGUGCACUGUCUUGCCUGCCAAGGACCCUACUACCAAGCAAUUACCCUGGAUCAUAUGCUCUGCACCAAGGCUGCUCA